UUUUGAGACUGUUGUAUAUUAAGACGUAGAUUGUGUCGUCUUAAAACAGUCUGAAAUCGUUUUUCUUGUAUUCACGUACAUAAGGAACAUUAGAAUAAAAUAUGAAAAUGUUUAUUUUAAAUGGAAUAUUUUUGUUAUUUCUCGCGGACUACACGCGCUCGUCAGUUUUGCCAGUGGAUAAAUGUAAACUAGAGAAUUCAGCUUGUAUGAUAACGGCCUUUCAAAAUGCGAUGCCCGUCUUCUUCAGUGGUCUUCCGGAGAUCGGUGUUGAAGUUCUUGACGUCAUGGAGCUGGAUUACGUUGAAUUCGAUAUAUCUGGCCUUAAGUUUACGCUGUCAGAUGGUCGUUUGAAGGGACACAAGAACGCAACUAUAGACGAUGUCAAAUGGGACACAGAGAAGAGGAGAUUUGAUGUAAUCUAUCAUCUCGAUUCUUCUAUCAAGGGACAUUAUACCGCCGGCGGUAGCAUACUCGUUUUGCCGAUCACUGGUGAUGGACAAAUGAAGUUAAAAUUAAAGAAUAUGCAGAUCCACUUUUAUAUUGAAUAUGAUGUGGAAAAAGCAGAGGAUGGCAAAGAUCACAUUGUUCUUAAAAAAUAUGAUUUCGAUUUUGACGUAAGAGAAAAUGCACAUUUCGAACUAUCAAACCUUUUCAAUGGUAACAAGGAAUUGAGUAAAAUAAUUCACAGUUUCCUCAAUGAGAAUUGGAAACAAGUAGUAACAGAAUUCGGAAGACCAAUUAUGGACGCUACAGCAAAGAAGUUCUUCAAGAACAUAAAUAUAUUCUUCGAAAAAAAUUCACUUGAAGAUAUAGCGAUUUUGUAGAAAUCGCUAUUAUAAUGAAUGUGUAUUAAAUGGUUCUUUUGUUUAUAUUGUGAAUUUUCCUCAAUAUUUCACCUAUGUAAGCUGGUUACUUACUAUUAAAUGGUUUUUUACAUAUAGGGGACUUUUUUUAGAUUUAGAUUCAAUUAUUCAUUGAUUUACUUAACGUCUACAUCGAUGAACAAAAUGAAAGAUAAAUGCGCUCAAAGUUGCUUGUUGAAUAUCUAAUGAAGGGCUCGUAUUUUAUUAGAACGAUAUUCUUCAGUGACUAAAAGCGUAGCUAAUAUGUACGUGUAUGCUUUCGGUACUUUCCUUAACUAAAGAACUCGUAAACCAU